UGUAUUUUAUUUUUAUUUUUUAUAAUCGCUUGAACUUUCUUGCGCGGUAAUUUUGGUCGUCGUUUUCUUCGUUGCCAAGAUCUUCAUUGACAUAAGAAAAGUAGGAGGGAAUUCUCAAUUUUGGGCGUUUAGGGGUUUGAAUCAGCUUCAUCGCUCUAAAAAUGUCUUCUCCUGGCGAGUUCUACAAGUCACUCCCACCCAUUAGUAAGGCUUAUGGGACUUUGUGUCUGUUGGCAACCCUGGGCGCUCAAUUGCAACUUUAUGACAAGAGUAGUAUUGAAUUAGAUUAUAGAUAUGUCAUCUAUCGUUAUCAGGUGUGGAGGUUGAUUACAAGCUUAUUUUUCCUUGGUGGGUUUUCUAUUAAUUUUGGGAUCCGUCUUCUCAUGAUAGCAAGAUAUGGAGUUCAACUAGAAAAGGGGCCAUUUGAUCGGAGGACAGCGGAUUUCUUGUGGAUGAUGAUAUUUGGAGCGUUAACAUUACUGGUGUUAUCUCUCAUUCCUGGAUUUGGUACCCCUUUCUUAGGGAUCUCUCUUGUAUUCAUGCUUCUUUAUGUGUGGAGUCGAGAAUUUCCAAAUGCCGCUAUCAACAUCUAUGGACUUGUGACACUCAAGGCAUUUUAUCUACCAUGGGCCAUGCUUGCUUUGGAUGUAAUUUUCGGUUCUAAAAUCAUGCCAGAUCUGCUUGGAAUCGUUGCUGGGCAUCUGUAUUACUUUUUGACUGUGCUACAUCCACUAGCAGGUGGAAAGAACAUAUUGAAGACUCCCAUGUGGGUAAAUAGACUGGUGGCAAGAUGGAGAAUAGGAGCUCAACCGAUCGUCCGUGCGCGAGCCCAACCCGAAUCAGAAAGGAGUACCAGUGGGGCUUUCAGGGGAAGGUCCUAUCGGCUUAGUGACUAAUUUUGAUGCCCAAAACUAGGUUUUGGUAGUUCGAAACACUUCCCAUUCAUUUUUGUGGAUGAUGCAGCUAACAAGGGACUUGGUGACUAAGGAAGUAGAAAAGUUCUUUAAUAUGUUAUUUUUCCAUGGAACAUUUUGCAUGUUGUCCAAUCAUACACUUACAAUAAUUAUUGAAUGGUUACAAAUGUUCUUUUAGACA